AUGGAAGGAAAGGUUGAUGUCUUGCUAACAUGGCUGAAAAAAUCAGAUAAGUUUUAUAUAGCACCAAACAUCAGCAUCUGUGAAUCGCCAGAAACUGGCAGAGGGAUCGUCCUCAGUCACGGUUCGAUAAGAAAAAACGAUAUCAUUGUAUCAGUACCGAGCUCGAAGCAACUAAAUUUUCACACUAUCCUCUAUCAUAUUUCAAAGUUUAAUAAAGAGCUGAAUAUUCCUGGUAUCACAAUCGAUAGAAAGCCAAUCAAUUAUGAGGACAAUAUUAUUGAAGCGGAAAAUAAAGCCUGGGCCGAUCCUAGAUAUGGAUUAUAUUCCGAAUUAUCGAAAGAGUUUUUGUUAAGUUUAUCAUCAUUUCAAUUGGUAUCAUUUUAUAUAUUGGUUGAAAAUUUUCUAUUGCCAAAAUGGACUCACAAUGAAAUCUACUCAGAUUGGAAACCAUUCUUUGAUGUAUGGCCCUCAAUGGAGGAGCUGCGAUCAAUCCCAGCCAUUUGGAACUGUGAUCCCAAUUCACGUUACCAUUCACUGAUUGAAUAUCUCCCUGCUGCCUCACGAAAGCAUAUGGCAAGAAUUAGUGGCCUUGUCAGAGAAGAUUGGGAAACCAUUUCAGAGGUGGUUUUGAAAUGGAAUGAAAUUUACGGCUCCUUAAGCUGUACGAAAAAUUCUGAUAAAUUUACUAGUGAUGAGUUAUUCUCCCUUUUUGUACAUGUUUAUUUUAUUAUAAACUCAAGAUGUCUUUAUGCGAAGAUUCCGUUGAAAAUAGAGGACUCCCCAAGCAAUUUCACUUUAGUGCCGUAUGUCGAUUUCAUGAACCACAUUUGUGAGUCGGAUUUGCACUGCUAUCCUCAGUUAAGUCCUCAGUUGAGGUCAGAAGGAGAAAACAUCAUUGGAAUUGGACAAUUUACCAUUAGAUGCGGCGAUCACCUCUAUGACAACAUUAACGAGGAGCUCUUUUUGAAUUAUGGUGCACACUCAAAUGAUUUUUUACUGAACGAGUAUGGAUUUGUGGUAGACGGAAACAAAUGGAACUACUUAGACAUAUCUGACGAAAUUAUUGAACUAAUAGACGACGACAAAAAGGAGGUAAAAACGUUUCUAUUGGAACAUGAUUAUUGGGGAGAUUACACUAUCAAUGAGACUGAUAUCAGUUAUAGGAUAUUCGUAGCAUUGAACUAUUAUGUGACGAGGGAUGAAAGGAGGGUUCGAAAAUUCAUUGAAGGUUACAUAUCAGAAGAUUACUUCAAGCCAAAAAUCUCUUCAGUUUUAAAAGAAUUAUUGGUCUCCUUAACUGCAAAAUAUACAAAGACGCUUAGCGAGUUGACAGAAAAAGUAUCUAAUCUUGAGAAUAACCUCUGCUUACAAAACUUAAUUACCAUAUACAAAGGGUAUAUAAAAAUACUUACACAACACUUACAAGACCUGCAAUCAUAG